CUCCAGGGAGCCAAAGAGAGGAGAAACCAGCAGAGAUCUACCUACGCACAGCAGGCAGCCAGACACAGACUCCCCCUUUCUCACUGACACUCAACAGAGGGAACACAGGUGAGCAGCACCAAACCCCUAAAACUCAUUUUCAACCGCUGAUACUUCCCAUUAGGAAGUUUCUCUGAAUGAUAUUCAAUUCAGAAUGAGAUUAUCUUCUAUAUGAUGCUGUUUGGCUGAAGUUGCAGAUUCUUUUUAACAAUCUCCUAUUUUCACUGCUAAUAUCUAGGAGGUCAAAAGAUGAAAGGCACCCACUCUUUCGCUGGACUUCUGCUCUUGAUCAUUGUUCAGAGCAGCUUGCAGAUCCCGCAGGAGGACACAGAGGACAACUCUAGGUAAGAGCCUCGAACUAGGAGCAACUUCUGAACUCUGCACCAUUCAGGUUGAGGCUUUCUCUCUCUCUCUCUCUCUCUCUCUCUCUCUCUCUCUCUCUCUCUCUCUCUCUCUCUCUCUCUCUCUCUCUCUCUCUCUCUGUAGAUCAGCAUCCUGUAACUACUGACUUGUCUGUUUUUGCAGCCUAUUGACAGAGGACUCUAUGUUCAGUGAGCCAAGGGAGCUUUCAAACAUGAAGAGACAUUCAGAGGGAACAUUCUCUAACGACUACAGUAAAUAUCUCGAGUCGAGACGAGCGCAAGACUUUGUCCAGUGGCUAAUGAACUCCAAGAGAAGUGGGUGAGUGUUUCUUUCUUCUUCUCCAACUGGUGUGUCUGUUUUCCUCAUUCCAUUUCACAAAGCAGUGGAUCAUCUUCCAAUAUGAUCCAGCUUACACUGAAACUGUAUGAAUGCAGUACUUAAGAGAUAUUAUGAUUUUUUUUUUUGCUGAGCUAUAACCGAAGAUAAAAAUGUCCUACAUUUUAUGACAUACUGUAAAUAUUUAACAUCUUGGGGAUUAUCAUGGUUUUAUAUGGUUUUAAAUUACAGCUCAGUAAAAUCUUACUAUAGCAGCUUAAUAAUGCAAAGUGAAUCAAUCUGCUUAACAACUGUUAAUCCUCAUAUUAUCAACUAUAAAUAGUUACUAUCAACACUAUAAAAUCUCUCCAUGUUUUUUCAGUGGUCCCAUCAAACGACAUGCAGAGGGUACCUACACCAGUGACGUGAGCUCCUACCUGCAGGACCAGGCAGCCAAGGACUUUGUGUCCUGGCUGAAGAAUGGCCGAGGCAGACGAGAAUAGGGCUCCUCUACUCAGCCACAGAGUCCCAGUGUCUUAUGUCUUAUGACCCCCCAGCCAAGAGAGAAUGCAACUCAUCCAGAAUGACCCCCCUGUUCCAUUUCCUGUUUUAUAACCUGUAUCCUCCUUCCUCUGGUCAUGCUAAUAAAUCCCCUAACAAGAAA